GUUUUAAGCCCCCUCCACGUCAGCUUUAUACUAAAAGCAGAUGGUAUUUUACAAAAAAACCGAAACUGCCCUUCUCUUUCUUCCCCAGACGAGUCCUGGAAGUCACUUCUCAUUAAUGCGAUAUGAUGGGGAAAAUGGAGGGAAAUUUCCCCCUUUUUUUACUCCAUCUAACUAGUUAGUUCUCCAUUACUCCUCCUCCUCAGACCAAAAUUCUCUCCAUAACUCUCUCCAUCAUGAGCAAUAACUAGUUAGUUCUCCAUUACUCCUCCUCCUCAGAUCAAAAUGGCUGAAAAGGACAUCAUCUGCAUUGUCUCUUCGCAGUAUAAAGCGGUAUUCUUGAAGAUUAAUUCUCCAACCACCAUCUUGGAUCUCAAGUUUGAUGCGGUAGAGAGGUUAGAUCUUCCAUACGAGUCAUUAAUUUUGGCAUACGAAGAUCAAACAGUUGGAAGCUUAAAAUUUCUCAUUGAGAACGAUGGUGAUCUGACGUCUAUGGUGGAGCAUUGCCACAAUCUUGGACUGAAAGAGGUUCACGUGCAAGCUUUUAAAGAAGGAGAUGAUUCUUCGAAUAAACAGGAAAACGAGCAAGUCCGACAAGACAUUUUGAAAUCAAAAAGUGUAGACUGUGGCCCGUCGGCGUUGUUGACCACAAGUGUUCCAGAUAAGAAUCCCAAUGACAAUCCUUCCGGAGAUGAUGUCAUGACGAUUGAUGACAUGAUUAGCAGAUCAGAGAGGAUUCCUGCUUGGUGGCACACAGCUUUAACCGGUGAGGGACAACGAUUUGAAAGUGCGAAGGAGUUAAGAUUGGCCUUGCUAUACUACUCCAUGGCAAAAAAAUUCGAAUACGAGUUUGGGAAGAAUGAACCGAAGCGUAUUCGAGUGUUUUGUCGGUUUAAGGCAGCAAAAAAUUGUCCGUGGAUGUUAUUUGCCUCUCCACCGAAAAAUGAUAAUAGACUUGAAAUCAAAAGGUUUGUGGACAAUCACAGUUGUGGGCAGCAUGGCAAUAAUGCUGGUCAAUCUAGAGCCUCAAGGCGAUUCAUUGCUACCCAAUUACAACCCACGUUAAAGGUUCGACCGGAUAUACGGCCUAUUGACGUUCAAAAGGAGUUUCUAAGCUCGUAUGGGAUUAGGGUCGAUUAUAGUAAGAUUUGGUGGGGUAAAGAAAGAGCACAAGAGAAAUUAUAUGGUGAUGCCCAUGAGUCCUACGAUCAAUUACGAUGGUAUGUAGAAGAGGUCAAGAAGACAAACCCAGGUAGCUAUAUUCAUGUUGAACAAAAUGAGGGGAGGUUUACAAGGUUAUUCAUAUGCUACGCCGCCUGCAUAAAUGGUUUUUUAUACGGCUGUAGACCACUCUUAUUUUUGGAUGGUACCUUUCUUAAAGAUCGAUUCAAAGGCAUACUCCUAAGCGCCGUAGCAUAUGAUGGAAAUCAGGGGAUAUUUCCAUUGGCGUAUUGUAUAUGCGAUCAGGAAAAUAAUGUUAACUGGAAGUGGUUCUUACAAGGUUUGUGGUCUAUUCUCUAUGAAAGGCCAGAUCCAUACAACCCUCCACACAAGCUAGUGAUAAUUUCAGAUGCGGAUAAGGGGAUCAGAGAAGCAGUUAGAGAAUUUUUUUCCAGAUUCUAUACACUCUCGAUGUGUGUUGCAUCUAGUGGAGAACUUCAGGACAAAGUUGAAGGAUUUGGGAUUCAAAUCAAAAGAUACUCAGAUCUUGGGUAAUCUAUUGCAAUCUGCCUGUUACAAAUAUACUAGAGCAGAAUGGAACGAUUACAUGGACGACAUUAGACUGGUUGACGAAAGAGCUUACAAUAUUGUGAUGAACUACGCUCCAGAGAACUGGGCCAAUGCGUUUUUCCCUGGAGUUAGAUAUGGUCACGUUACAUCAAAUGUUGCAGAGUCAUUCAACAAAUGGAUACAUGAGGCUAGGCUACUACGGAUACUUCAACUGGUAGAGCACAUACGUAAACAGAUUAUGGUUCGUAUGAAUGAGCGACGAACCAUGGCUGAAAGCUGGAAUCAAUUUCUUUGCCCCAAAGCUGAACUUGCUCUCAAAGAGAACAUGGAAAAUGGCCGUCCAUUGGAGGUUCGUCAGUCCCACACAGGAUUAUUUGAGGUACAAUCCCAUAGAUCUUGUCAAGUGGAUCUAGACAAUAAAACAUGCACUUGCCGUGGGUGGGAUGUAACCCGUGUCCCUUGCAAACAUGCAUGCGCAUCCAUUAUGUUUAUGAA